CGUCCAUUGAACUCUUCUUGCUGUUGAAUGAACGAGUCGGGGCCACAGCAGCAGCAGGGCCCGUCCCUGUGCCUGGAGUGGAAGCAUCUCAAUUACUAUGUGCCCGCCCAGGAGCAGAGCAACUACAGCUUCUGGAACGAGUGCCGCAAGAAGCGUGAGCUGAGGAUACUCCAAGACGCUAGCGGUCACAUGAAUACCGGCGACCUCAUCGCCAUAUUGGGCGGCUCGGGAGCUGGAAAAACCACAUUGCUGGCAGCGAUUUCGCAACGAUUGCGGGGUAACCUAACCGGGGAUGUGGUUUUGAACGGAAUGGCCAUGAAGCGGAAUCAGAUGACGCGUAUCUCCAGCUUUCUGCCGCAGUUCGAGAUCAAUCUUAAAACUUUUACGGCCUACGAGCAUCUCUACUUCAUGUCGCACUUCAAGAUGCAUCGCCGCACCACCAAGGCGGAAAAGCGUCAACGCGUGGUGGAUCUGUUGCUGGCUGUGGGUCUCAGGGACUCAGCCCACACUCGCAUCCAACAGCUGUCCGGGGGAGAGCGGAAACGCCUAAGUUUGGCCGAAGAGCUGAUCACAGAUCCUAUCUUUCUGUUUUGCGACGAGCCCACGACAGGCCUGGACAGCUUCAGCGCCUACUCGGUGAUCAAGACGCUGCGUCAUCUGUGCACCCGUCGCCGCAUAACCAAGCACUCUCUGAGCCAGGUGUACGGCGAGGACUCCUUCGAAACGGCCAGUGGCGAGAGCAGCGGCAGCAACUCCAUCGAAAUGGAGAUUGUUGGCAGAUCGCACGAAAGUCUGCUGCAAGGAAUGCGGGAUCUGCCCACGCUGGGCCUCCUAAACAGCAGUCCGAACGGAUCGCUCAAGAAGGCGGCUAUUUGCUCCAUCCACCAGCCCACGUCGGACAUCUUUGAGCUCUUCACCCACAUUAUUCUGAUGGAUGGCGGCCGGAUUGUCUACCAGGGUCGGACCGAGCAGGCAGCCAAGUUCUUCACAGAUCUGGGCUAUGAACUUCCAAUAAACUGCAAUCCUGCUGAUUUCUACCUAAAGACGCUGGCGGACAAUCAGGGAGCAAAGAAUGCCGGCGCCUUACUGCGUGCCAGGUAUGAGCACGAUACAGAUGGACUCUACAGCGGCAGUUGGCUGCUGGCCCGCAGCUACAGCGGGGAUUACCUGAAGCAUAUGCAGAGUUUCAAGAAGAUACGUUGGAUAUACCAGGUAUAUCUGCUAAUGGUUCGCUUCAUGACUGAAGAUCUGCGGAAUAUCAAAAGCGGCCUCAUUGGCUUUGGAUUUUUUAUGAUCACCUCUGUGACGCUCUCUUUAAUGUACUCCGGUAUUGGUGGCUUGACCCAACGCACCGUACAGGAUGUGGGAGGUUCCAUAUUCAUGCUCAGCACCGAGAUGAUCUUCACGUUCAGUUACGGCGUCACCUACAUAUUUCCCGCCGCCUUGCCGAUCAUACGGCGGGAGGUGGGAGAGGGCACCUACAGCCUUUCCGCCUAUUAUGUGGCCCUGGUGCUGUCCUUUGUGCCGGUGGCAUUCUUCAAGGGCUACGUCUUCCUGUCGGUUAUCUAUGCCUCCAUUUACUAUACGCGUGGCUUUCUGCUCUACCUGUACAUGGGCCUGCUCAUGAGUCUCUCUGCCGUAGCCGCCGUAGGCUAUGGCGUCUUCCUCUCCAGCCUCUUUGAGUCGGACAAAAUGGCAUCAGAGUGUGCGGCGCCAUUCGAUCUGAUCUUCCUGCUAUUCGGUGGCGUAUAUAUGAAUGUGGACACUUGGCCGGGGCUCAAGUACUUGUCGCUCUUCUUCUAUUCAAAUGAGGCGCUGAUGUACAAGUUCUGGAUUGACAUUGACACCAUUGAUUGCCCCAUCAACGCGGACCAUCCGUGCGUGAAGAGUGGCCUAGAGGUAUUGCAGCAGGCCUCCUACCGCACCGCCGACUACACCUACUGGCUAGACUGCUUCAGUCUCCUGCUCGUGGCCGUAGUCUUCCACAUCGUAUCGUUCGGCCUAGUGCGGCGCUACAUCCAUCGCAGUGGUUACUAUUGAAUCGGAGCCGACUUUUAUUUAUCCAAUUUCACAUCUUACAAACAUUGACUCGGCGCUUCAGGUAAUUACACAUUUGGCUGAGGCUGAGCUGGUUAAAAUUUGUAUAUUUUAAGCACAAACUGCUGAUGGGUUUACUUUAUGUAUUUAAGCCUAAAACUUCAGUGGAAAAUAUUGCAUUGAUCGAGCGCGGGGGUCGCAUAAAAUAAAUCCCAAUUGUGUCGUUAAUCUUAGCUGAAUUGCAACUAAUUUGCAAUCAUGAUACGAUACGUGUUCCGGGCGAGAAUAGUGGGAUGCAAUCUAUAAGACCAGACCCAUAUCUGUAUAUGAUCAAUUGUACAAUCAAUUCAAAGGGGUUGUCUUCCUACCAUUUAUGCUGCACUUGCAAUUAAAUAAAUUAAGCUAAAACAACCAAAAAAAAAAAAA